AUGAACUUGAAAGGUUUGGAGACCAUUGACCACGUUCUAAAAAGUCAUCUAGGAACACCACAGGCUGAGGUGGAAUAUAGGCUCGAAAGACAGUACAAGGUCUGGCAAGUCAAUAUUGGCUACCUGUUGCACCCAAAAAUCCCUCAGAGAGAUGGCAUGCGCGUGGCAGACGUAGGGACUGGCACUGGUAUUUGGCUACGUGACCUCGCAGCGGUCCUCCUGGAUGACUGCAAACUCGACGGAUUCGACCUCUCGGGCGCAAUGUUUUUCAAUGAGAAACCACCGCCCCCAAAUGUCAAAUUCCACCAGCACAAUCUUCUAGAACCGUUCCCAGCCGAGCUCAUAGGGCAAUAUGAUGUCGUCAACGUUUGUGCGAUGGUGGUGGCUCUGUCCUCUGAUGAGUGGAAGCCUGCCCUCUGCAACCUCAUCUCUCUUCUCCGUAUGAACAUCGACCCGAUCUUUGUGGCUGCUCUUUACGGUCUCUUCCAGGAAAAUGGACUGGAAAAUUGCGACGAGAGAAUCUAUCCCCUGGAUGACCCAGCUGGGAGAAGCGAGCUCAAUAAGGCCGUCCUGGACGGGAUCCAUAAUUUCAUGAUUGCUGCUCUUGAUUGCCGCACGUUUGAAUGGGCGAAGUCGAUAGAUCAAGUGCUGGGUAUGAAAAAGGCCGCCCAGCAAGAUCUGGUCAACCUCAACGGCUGGUUCAGCUACAAUGUUUUUACGUUGUGA